AUUGUGGGGAAUUUAACUGUGAAGGACAUCAGCAUUGAGAGGAUCAGUGUUGAUUACUCCAGCUAUGGGGAGGCUCAGGUCAGUGAGGGAGACUUUGGCCACGUCACGGAGAUCUAUGACUUCCCUUCAUCCCUGAAAACAGAGGAUCUGAUGGAAAUGUUCUCAGAUUUCCUGGAAAGUGGUUUCAAAAUCCAAUGGGUGGAUGACACACAUGCCCUGGGAAUCUUCUCCAGCCUUUCCACAGCAUCUCAAGCCCUGGGACGACGUUAUCCUUGUUUGAAGAUCCGACCACUGAUCCAUGCAACAAAGCAAUCCAAGAUCAAGGCACUCCAGAGACCAAAGCUCCUGCACUUGGCCAAGGAGAGGCCCCAGACAGAUACAGCUGUGGCCAGGAGACUUGUGUCCCGUGCCCUGGGGCUGAGGAACAGGCACCAGGAUGGCUCAGCACCCGAGGGGCUCCUGCCAGAGGAAUUCCAGGAGGAAUAA